UCUAUCCUCACACAUAUCUUCUUAUACUAUAAUACGUAGUAUAAUAUACCACGUACUACAUAUAAUUCUGGUUGCAUAAGAGAUAGAGUUGCAAAAUGGCUAGGCCCAAGAUAUUUUAUCUUGGAUGUUUAUCUGUUUUAUUGUUGGCGUUCGUGAUAGAGGCAGCAACUCCUCCAGGAAUCGCCAAAAAUCCCGCUCGAGCGUCAUGUAAGAUCAAAAAGUACAAGAUGUGCUAUAACUUAGAGCAUGUUUGUCCUAAGUUUUGUCCUGAUAGUUGCACAGUUGAGUGUGCUUCAUGCAAGCCGAUUUGCGGCCCGGGAUCAUCACCGCCUGAGUAUGAUACUACCCCUUCUGAUUCGGGAGCACCACCUACAUAUGAUUCACCUCCAUCUAGUUCUGAUGAAAGUGGUGGUGAUGAUGAUAAAAGUGGUAAAAAAAAAGACAAUGAUGAUAAGGAUGUUAAAAAGGGAGGUAAUAAUGAUAACAAUGAAGGUAAAAAAGAAGAUGAUGGGGACAAAGGUAGUAAAAAGGGAGAGGAAGGUGACAAAGGUGGUAAAAAAGAAGAUGAUGACAACAAAGGCGAUAAAAAAGGAAAUGGUAAGAAUGAAGAUGAUAAAAAGGGAGGUAAAAAAGGAGAUGAUAAGAAUGAAGAUGAUAAAAAGGGAGGUAAAAAAGGAGAUGGUGGUGAUGACGAUGAUGAUGACCAUUCACCAUCCCCUUCUGGUCCAUCAACAUCCACACCUUAUUACCCUCCAACACCACCUUCACCGCCACCUCCAACUCCAUCUCCCCCCACGAACCCACCAUCACCAUCUCCAAAGCCUCCAACACCUUCACCAGAAUCACCAUUGCCAUCUCCAAAACCUCCAACGCCUUCUUCUCCACCGAAAUCACCACCACCAUCUCCAAAACCUCCAACGCCUUCUUCUCCACCAAAAUCACCACCACCAUCUCCGAAACCUCAAACGCCUUCUUCUCCACCAAAAUCACCACCACCAUCUCCGAAACCUCAAACGCCUUCUUCUCCACCAAAAUCACCAUCUCCAUCUCCAAAACCUCCAACACCUUCUUCUCCACCAAAAUCACCAUCGCCAUCUCCAAAACCUCCAACAUCUUCUUCCCCACCAAAAUCACCAUCGCCGUCUCCAACACCUUCUUCCCCACCAAAAUCGCCAUCUCCGUCUCCUAAACCUCCUACACCUUCUCCUCCAUCAAAACCAACACCUACUCCUCCUACUCAAUCAACCCCACCUCCACCAUCAUCUCCAUAUCCAUCACCUCCCACCCCUUCAACACCACCAAGUAAUCCGAUUCCAUCAUCACCACCCUCAAUCCCAACUCCUUCUCCAAAACCCCCCACCCCGUCACCUUCUACCCCCUCAACACCAUCCUCUCCUCCUAGUCCUUCAGUGGUUGCCUCUAGAAAAAGAGUUAGAUGCAAGAACAAGUACUAUGGACAAUGUUAUAAUCAAGAGCAUGUUUGUCCUGCUAGUUGCCCUACCUCGUGCCAAGUUGAUUGUGUCACUUGCAAGCCAGUAUGCAACUGUGAUUAUCCCGGAGCAGUAUGUCAAGACCCUCGUUUCAUCGGAGGAGAUGGCAUCACCUUCUACUUCCAUGGCAAAAAAGACAAAGACUUUUGUCUUGUGAGCGACCCCAACCUACACAUCAACGCACACUUCAUAGGAAAAAGAAAUGAAAACAUGACUCGUGACUUUACAUGGGUCGAAUCCAUUGGAAUUCUCUUCGACAAACACCGUCUUUUCUUAGGAGCACGAAAGACCUCCACAUGGGACGAUACUAAUGACCGUCUGGCUUUGGCCUUCGACGGAGAGCCGGUAUACCUAAAAGAAAGUAUUGGUUCAAAAUGGUCAUCCACUUCGAGGCCAAAGGUCACAAUAACAAGGACUAGUGAAACCAACAAUGUUAUUAUUGAAGUCCAAGGAAAACUCAAGAUUACAACCAAAGUUGUACCCAUUUCAGAGGAAGAAUCAAGGGUGCACAACUAUGAUAUAAGUAAGGAGGAUUGCUUUGCGCAUCUCGAUCUCGGGUUUAAGUUUAACUCAUUAACUGAAAGAGUUGACGGUGUGUUAGGAAAGACUUAUAGGGAUGAUUACGUUAGCCGAGUGAAAAUGGGAGUAGCAAUGCCAAUCAUGGGAGGAAAUAGAGAGUAUUCUAGUAGUAGCAUUUUCGCGACGGAUUGUUUGGCUUCAAAGUUUGAUGGUAUCCAAGAGGAAACUUCAUUGGAGACCUUAGACCUAGCUAGCAUGAAUUGUGCUAGUGGGAUGAAUGGAGAGGGUGUAGUUUGCAAGAGGUAAUUUCAUAUCUCAACGGUCGACCAAUCGGGAAGCUUUAAUAUUUUUUUUUUACUUAUAUAAACUAUGUAUAUCUUACAACUCAUACAAGAUGUGGGUUAGAAGAUGAAGAAUAAAAUAUUUAUGUAUGUAUCAUAAUUAUACUUAAAUUCACAUAAUAAAAUGCAAAUAUACAAUGGUUUUUUUUUCAAAAUC